CCCCGGCGGAUUCUCCAUGUAUGGAUGCGCUAAGGAAAGGGAUGCUGUAGGCUGACCAAAGACAGAGAAAAAGACAUAGAAAAAAAAAAUCACCACAGGCUGCUGAGGAGAUUGAAGAAGGAGGGACUGGAGGAUACUGGCGCUGUUUUGAAUGGGCAGAGGAUUCACCCUCCGCGGCCGUCGAGUGUGAGUUGCUGAGGUUCCAGGUGUGUGUCUGUGUAGCCACACAGAUCUUCAGCUCUUCUGCUCACCCAAACACCCACCUGCAACAUGGCGGGGGCUUCGGUCAAGGUGGCGGUGAGAGUCCGACCCUUCAACUCCAGAGAGAUGGGGAAGGACAGCAAGUGCAUCAUUCAGAUGUCAGGAAACACCACAACGAUCCUGAACCCCAAACAGCCGAAAGAAAAUAAGAGUUUCAACUUUGACUAUUCUUACUGGUCACACACCACGCCCGAGGACAUCAACUAUGCGUCGCAGAUGCAGGUGUACAAGGACAUCGGGGAAGAGAUGCUGCUUCAUGCCUUUGAAGGCUACAAUGUGUGUAUAUUUGCAUACGGCCAGACAGGAGCGGGCAAAAGCUACACCAUGAUGGGGCGACAGGAGCAAGACCAGCAAGGAAUUAUACCUUUGCUGUGUGAAGACCUUUUCACCAAGAUCAGUGACAGCAAUAAUGAGAACAGCAUGUCUUACUCUGUGGAGGUGAGUUAUAUGGAGAUCUACUGUGAGCGCGUGCGCGACCUGCUGAAUCCCAAGAACAAAGGAAACCUUCGUGUCAGAGAGCACCCUCUGAUGGGACCCUACGUCGAAGAUCUGUCCAAGCUCGCCGUCACGUCAUACAACGACAUCCAGGACCUGAUGGACUCUGGAAACAAGGCCAGGACUGUGGCUGCAACCAACAUGAACGAGACCAGCAGCCGCUCCCACGCCGUCUUCAACAUCAUAUUCACACAGAAGAGACAAGACAUGGAGUCGGAAAACACAUCUGAAAAGGUCAGCAAGAUCAGUCUGGUGGACCUCGCUGGCAGCGAGAGAGCCGACUCAACCGGAGCUAAAGGAACCAGACUGAAGGAAGGAGCAAACAUCAACAAAUCUCUAACGACACUGGGGAAGGUUAUCUCAGCUCUUGCUGAAGUGGACUCGGCACCAAACAAGAACAAGAAAAAGAAGAAGGUGGAGAGUUUCAUCCCCUACAGAGAUUCAGUUCUGACUUGGCUACUGAGGGAAAACUUGGGAGGAAACUCUCGUACAGCCAUGGUGGCUGCCCUGAGCCCUGCUGAUAUUAACUAUGAUGAGACCCUCAGCACCCUCCGAUAUGCUGAUCGUGCCAAACAGAUCCGCUGUAACGCUGUGAUUAACGAGGAUCCCAACAACCGUCUGGUGCGUGAGCUGAAAGAUGAGGUGGCUCGCCUCAGAGACCUGCUGUACGCACAAGGACUGGGAGACAUCAUAGAGACGUAUCGCUGCACCGGCCCCGUCAUCACUGGUUUGAAAUACCUGUGCGAUUACAAGAACUUUGUGAAUAAUCGCCAGGCUGUCAAUCAAAGGGGUGAUCUCUCCACAGUGUCCAAUGCCAUGACAGGAAUGAGUCCCUCCCCCUCGCUCUCGGCCCUGUCCAGUCGUGCCGGGUCCAUCAGCAACCUCCACGACCGCAUCUUCAGCCCGGCCAGUGAGGAGGCCAUCGAGAGGCUCAAGGAAACUGAGAAAAUCAUCGCAGAGCUCAAUGAGACAUGGGAGGAGAAGCUGCGACGUACUGAGGCCAUCCGUAUGGAUAGAGAGGCCCUGCUCGCUGAGAUGGGUGUCGCCAUGAGAGAAGAUGGAGGCACUGUGGGCGUCUUCUCCCCAAAAAAGACCCCUCAUCUGGUGAACCUGAACGAAGAUCCACUGAUGUCAGAGUGUCUGCUGUACUACAUUAAAGAUGGCACCACCAAGGUUGGCCGUGAAAAUGCCAAGACUCGCCAAGACAUUGUUCUCAGCGGCCAUUUUAUCAAAGAUGAACACUGCACCUUCAGCAGCACCACAGGCCCUCAGGGAGAAGGAUGUGUCAUCCUGGAGCCAUGUGAGGGCUCAGAGACGUAUGUCAACGGGAAGAGAGUGACCUCUCCAAUUGUUCUGCGGUCUGGGAACCGUAUCAUCAUGGGAAAGAGCCACGUGUUUCGCUUCAAUGACCCAGAGCAGGCUCGUCUGGAGCGAGAGAGGACGCCGUGCGCCGAGACGCCGGUCGAACCCGUCGACUGGGCCUUCGCUCAGAGAGAGCUGCUGGAGAAACAAGGCAUCGACAUGAAGCAGGAGAUGGAGCAGAGGCUUCAGGAGCUUGAAGAUCAGUACCGCAAAGAAAGAGAAGAAGCCAGUAACCUGCUAGAACAGCAGAGGCUGGACUACGAGAGCAAACUGGAAGCUCUUCAGAAACAAGUAGACUCUCGGUACUUGGAGUCUCCCGAAGAGGAAGAGGAGCCUGAAGAGGAAGUGCCAUGGACGGCGCGUGAGACCGAGUUGGCUCUGUGGGCGUUCAGAAAGUGGCGUUUCUACCAGUUCACCUCUCUCAGGGAUCUGCUGUGGGGCAACGCCAUCUUCCUCAAAGAGGCCAAUGCUAUCAGUGUGGAGCUGAAGAAAAAGGUGCAGUUCCAGUUCGUCCUGUUGACAGACACUCUCUACUCCCCCCUGCCCCCCGACCUGCUGCCCCCCUGUGUGGCCAAAGAGAGGGAGAGACGACCUUUCCCCCGAACUAUCGUAGCCGUUGAAGUCCAAGAUCAAAAGAACGGAGCCACACAUUACUGGACUCUGGAGAAACUCAGGCAAAGGCUGGACCUGAUGAGAGAAAUGUACGACCGUGCUGCAGAGCUCCCCAGCAGUGCUGUGGAGGACUGUGACCACGCUCUGACCGGAGGCGACCCCUUCUACGACCGCUUCCCCUGGUUCCGUCUGGUCGGCAGGGCUUUUGUGUACCUGAGUAACCUGCUGUACCCGGUGCCCCUGGUACAUCGCGUGGCCAUUGUCAGUGAGAAAGGAGAGGUGAAAGGCUUCCUCAGAGUGGCUGUGCAGGCCAUCUCAGCUGAUGAAGAGGCCCCUGAUUAUGGCUCUGGCGUGAGGCAGUCAGGCACUGCCAAGAUCUCCUUUGAAGACAAACAAUUUGAGAAGUUCCAGACUGAGUCGUGUCCUGGUGGUCUUUCCCACUCCAACACCUCCCAGGAGGAGCUGCGAAUCGUGGAGGGAGAAGGACAGAAUGCCGAUAUAGGAAUCUCUGCUGAUGAAGUCAACAACAACACCUGUCCAGCCAGCCAGGAGGCUCCACCGAGCCCAGUGAAGGGUUCAGGUCUGGGUCUGGAUCUUCCUCUGGACCUCUCCCCAGAGAAAGCUCUGUCCCACCUGAAGAUCGGCAGCACCUUCACCUUCAGAGUCACCGUCCUACAGGCCUCCAGCAUCUCGGCCGAGUACGCCGACAUCUUCUGCCAGUUCAACUUCAUCCACCGCCAUGACGAAGCUUUCUCCACUGAGCCGCUGAAGAACACGGGCAGAGGACCUCCGCUGGGCUUCUACCAUGUUCAAAAUAUCACAGUGGAGGUGACAAAGUCCUUCGUGGAGUACAUCAAGACUCAGCCCAUCGUCUUCGAGGUGUUUGGUCACUAUCAGAAACAGCCCUUCCCUCCCCUCUGCAAAGACCUGAUCAGUCCACUGAGACCUUCCAGGAGGCAGUUCCCCAGGGUGAUGCCCUUAUCCAAACCAGUGCCAGCCACAAAGCUCAGCACUCUGACUCGCUCCACCGCAGGACCUUGUCACGCCAAAUAUGACCUCAUGGUCUUCUUUGAGAUCUGUGAGCUGGAAGCUAACGGAGACUACAUCCCAGCUGUUGUUGACCACAGAGGAGGGAUGCCCUGCCACGGCACGUUCCUCUUACAUCAGGGCAUUCAGAGGAGGAUCACGGUCACCAUCGCUCAUGAAACAGGAAAUGAUAUUGAGUGGAAAGAGGUGAAGGAGCUGGUUAUUGGUCGUAUCCGAAACACACCGGAGGCAGAUGAGACCAUCAUAGACCCUAACAUCCUUUCCCUGAACAUCCUGUCUUCUGGAUACUUCUGGCCGAAACACAACGACAACGUCUCCUUGGGAGUUGAUCAUAGAACUUUCUACCGAUUUGAGGCAGCAUGGGACAGCUCCAUGCACAACUCUCUGCUUCUGAACAGAGUCACUCCCUAUGGGGAGAAGAUCUACAUCACCCUCUCUGCUUAUCUAGAGAUGGAGAACUGCACUCAGCCAACAGUGAUCACCAAAGAUUUCUGCAUGGUGUUUUAUUCCCGUGACGCGAAGCUGCCAGCCUCUCGCUCCAUCAGAAACCUCUUCAGCACCGGCUGCCUCCGGCCCUCUGAGAGUAACCGUGUCACUGGAGUCUAUGAAGUCACCCUCUGCCAUGUAGCAGACAAUGGUAGUCCAGGCAUGCAGCGCCGUCGCAGGCGUGUGCUAGACACCUCUGUGGCGUACGUCCGAGGAGAGGAGAACCUGGCUGGGUGGAGGCCUCGCAGUGACAGCCUCAUUCUGGACCACCAGUGGGAGCUGGAGAAACUCAGUUUACUGCAGGAGGUGGAGAAGACCAGGCACUAUCUGCUGCUGAGGGAGAAGCUGGAGGCGACUUUGCAGGCAGGACAGGAUGCACUCUACAAGAGCAGCGACAUCAGCGAUUUUGCAAAGAGUCCUGUCCUCAGCCACAGUCCCGGCAGCAGCCCUGCACCAGACAGCCCCAACCAGAGGCAGAGAGAGCUGGCUGCCAAGUGUCUGCGUCUGCUGAUGCACACCUUCAACAGGGAGUACAGCCAGGUGAGCAGCAGUGCCAGUGAGAGCAAGCUUUCUGAGAUGUCUGCGUCGCUAAUGAGAGACUCCUCCUCGUCCGGACUGAGCACGCUCACUCCGUCCUCUACCUGCCCCUCACUGGUCGAGGGACAUUAUGACAUUAGACACACUGAACCCAGUUCAGGAGCUUCCACACCGGAUCUGGACCCGUACAGUCCAGUGGACAGAAAGAAAGCUCUCAGAGGAUGCACCUUUGUUCCUGACAUACAGGAGAUUCGAGUCAGCCCCAUUGUUUCAAAGAAAGGCUACCUGCACUUCCUGGAGCCCCACACCAGCGGCUGGGUGAAGCGUUACGUGGUGGUGCGCCGGCCCUACGUCUACCUGUACCGCAGCGAGAGGGACAGCGUGGAGAGAGCUGUCAUCAAUCUGUCGUCAGCAAAGGUGGAAUACAGCGAAGAUAAACAGACCUUACUGCGGACUCCCAACACGUUUGCUGUGUGCACUGAGCAUCGUGGGAUACUGCUGCAGGCCACCAAUGACAAAGAGAUGCACGACUGGCUGUACGCUUUUAACCCUCUGUUAGCUGGCACCAUCAGGUCAAAGCUCUCCCGGAGAAAGUCGAUCCAGUCGGCCCCGCCUGCUCAGAGGAUGUGAGAGGUGAACCAGCCUGGUGGAAAACAACAAACAAACGAACAAAACAAUACAAUCUAAAAGCUCCACUCAUCAUCUUCCUCUAAUGAACAUAGACCAUAUGAACAAACACAUACAACCAUUUAAAUAACCUUGUAUAUGACGACUCUCCCAGUCCCAAACAUCACUCGAUCGCUCAACCCAAGAAAAGCUGUCUCUGUUUUCUGCAGUCGCCACCUCAAAACCCUGCAUGGUGUGCUCCCUUUAGAAGAAACAUAAGGCAAACUAACCACCCAAACCUGUUAAUUAACUUACCUCUGCUGGGCAUUGGGACUAGUUCUGAUUAGUUUUCAUGUAGAACUCUGUCAUCUGUAAGGCUACCAGUUCCCUGUAGAAAGUUAGUACGUGGUCAGUCCCUCCUUCAUUCAUAAUAACUGAAAAUAAGUCCCCAGUUUUAAAUCAGCCAUUCAUGUAUUUCAAAAUAACGCCAUCAGGUGAGGGGGAAAAAAGAAAACAUCAAACUAGAUGUUUCUCUGUGUAAGUGCAGGGAUGAUAGCUCCACAAGCACCCAUCAUAUACUGUACAUUACCUCAGUUUGGAUAGGCUUGGUGCUCUACAGCAUAGAGUAUUUGUUUUACUGCAGAGGUUUCAGAAAGCAAACUGUCGUUUUAACAUUGAAGUAGCAUGAGGGAUUUGUUAGGACAAAAGGGUAAGUUGUUGUUCCUGUGUCGCUUUUUUUAACUGGGUCCAUGAAAACUGAGUUUGUUGAUUAGACAAAAUAAUUAUUUUAUCAGGAGACUUAUGUCCUUGCCUUGUUUUCAGUAUGUGCUUCUUUUAUUUAAUUUUUUACAAUAACCUUGUACGUAUAAACAUAAAGAAUAAUGUUAUUUAUUGUUGCUAUUGUAGGUUCUCUGCACUGAUAUUUAUCUGUGACAGGACCACUGACCAGUUUUGUUGCAUGGCACUUUAUUGUCUUUAUUGAGUUAAUGUAUUGCAUCAUUUACUCAGUUUGCUUUAACCAAAGCAUUAUUUUCUUGCUUUAAUUGGUUCAAACCAUCGUCCACUGUGCAGUUGUGUUAGCAGACAUUUACGAUACUAAAGAGACUGUUUUGAAUCAUUUUGGCAAAUACACGUAUUCACUUUCUUGCCAGGAGUUAGAUGAGACGAUUGUCAACGGUCUCUAUGGUGAAUAUGAAGCUACGGCAAGCAGCCGGUUAGCUUAGCUUAGCAUAAAUACUGGAAACGGGUAAACAGCUGGCUUGGCUCAGUCUAAAUGUAACAAAAUCCGUCUACCAUCACCUCUACAGCUGAGUAUUUAUUGUAUUAGAGCCAGGCUAGCUGUUUACCAGGUUUUUCCAGUGUUUAUGCUAUGCUAAGCUAACCGUGACUUUGGUGCAAACCAGUGUGUUAUAUCUUUGCAAGGUUGCAGUCUUCACACUGAUGGGUUGUGCCGAGUUUCCCUCCCUCAGGGAACAUUGGUUUUAUGCAUAACCUCCACAUGUAACUUAUGGCAAGAAAGCGAAUCAGCGUAUUUCCCAAAACGUUGAACUUUAUCUUUAAACUAAUCAUUUAUACCCAAAUUAACCUAAGAUGUUUUACAUGAUGAAUACUCCCAAGAGGACAACUGUACAGUAUGUGGAUAGUUUUACUUUAAUUAAAUAAGCACUUAUUCUGUCUGUGAUGGGCCAGCAGAGUUGCUACGUUAAAAAUAAGUUUACUAUUGUCUAGUAGCUGAAUGGAAAGUUGUAAUUGACCAUGGACCUGAAAUCUGUUGAAGGCAGUUGCUUUGAGUGGGCAAGAGCGUUGUCCAUGCACCAGAUAGUGCCUCCCUUUCUUCACCUUGUUUUCUUCUCUCCCUCCUUCAUCACCGUCUUUGACAUCAACACUAAAAGUUAGUUAUAUGUGUCCAAGAUUUAGCUUUUAUGUAGAGUAAAAGUAGAUGCUAGGGGUCUUUUUUUAUAUUGAUGAUCUAUGUCGAUGUUUUGGAGAGUGAAUAUUAUCAAUGAUGCUAUAUAGUAUGUUGGUAUAACCUAUAACAGUACGGUACGGCGUAAAUCUCAUUAUCAUUGACUGUAAAUGUCACAUUUAAAAGCAAUCCCCCUCUCAGCUUUUGUACUGUAGCUGCUAGAUAUUUGACAGCCUGAUGCUUGUGUCAGAAACCAGUACAGUAUGAUUAGCUUGGUGUUAUUAUGACUUUUAUGUCCAGGGAUGGUUUCUAGUUGCUUUUACUUGCUGUAUGUUAUUUUGCACUAUACCAAGAUGACCCCAAAUGUUGGUUGGAAUUUGUAUUGUACUGUAUGAUUUGCAUUUAAAGGGAUAUUAUCUGUAUUUGUUGUCAUACCCUCUUCUUUUGUAAAUCUCUAUCAAAGACGUGGUCAGCCAACCAUUUCGUCUUUCCUGAUUUAUUCUCUUGUUUCUUGUCUGACUGGUUGUUUUCAGUUUUUUAUCAAACCUGACUUACAAUCAGUAAACGUAUUCAGGACUCUGCAUGCCACAGGCCAACCAACCUGUUAGGCAAUGCAGCCUAAUACUUAAACAAUUGUUCAAAAUCUGACUACCACAAAGCUGGUCAUUUAGAUGUGUUGUUACUUGUGCCUUCUUUUAUUUUUAAAAUUAUUUGUUAGCAUAAUAAAUCAAUGGCAUUACAUUAUUUAUUUAUGGUCAUUUUUGGGUCAUCUAGGUAUAAUAAACUGUUUUGUAAAAUGCUAAUAGAUAUAUCCUCUAUGUUGUCUGCUGGAACAGAAUAUUUGUAAAAAUUGAAAGAUGGAUUAUGUCCUUAAAAUAUAUUGCACUCAUGCACAAAGCAUCUUUAUUUACUAUGAUUUCGUAUGAUUAUGUUUUAAGAAUGUAUGGAAAAGCCUGGUUUGUGUUUAAAACAUAUAACAGCCCUGUCCUGACGGGUGGAGAAGAUUAGAUUCUGAAACUUUGCUAUUUUUGCUUCAGCAAUCAAACCACUAACAACACUGAACCAAAUUGCAUUUAUUUAUUUUAAGUUUCCGACUGGCAGAUAACUUGCAGUGCUUCUAACCCUAAUAGUUCACAGGUAUCAUGUUUGAAAAAAAUAAAAAAAACACUUUGUGAGAGAGUUUUAGUGCACUGGCCGAUAAUUGUUGAAAGGUAAAUUAGUUGAUUAUUUUAUAUUUGGCUGCUUUUUAACUGUCAUAGCUGGAUCGAAAGCAUGCAGGUCCUCUUAUCUUCUGCUGUACUCUGUCCCUCUCUCCUGCCUUACCGCUUGCUAAUGACAACAGCUUUCCCCCCUCCUGAAGUGCUGCUUGUAAAGUAUUGUCAUUCAUGAUCCUUGUAAUGACUAACUGGAAACCUUCCUCUUGGCUCUGUCUUGUAUAUAAAUGGAGAUUUUCUGUGUUGGGUCUCAUCACACAGAUGAUAUUAACUCUCUCUUCCUCUGUAUACCAUGAUGAAUAAGAAUAACUGGCCUGCUGCUUCGUCAAGUGUCACCCCAGAGUAAAGAGCGCUGAUCAGAGAUCAGUUUUGCACAUUUCAGCUCAGUGUGGGUGAGGUGGUCACUGUGGACCGGGUAAAUGAUCCCAGGUCUGCUCUCUUGCUCUGAGCUGCUUGACAGAAGCAGACACAGGUCCCAGCCUGUGAUGAAGUCUUAAUCUCAGUGCUCACGUUUAUCUUUUGAGUGUUCUGGAGUUCUUUCUCAUGUUUGUGGACACGUAACAAAAGUUGUCAAGAAACAAAAUAAGGCGAAUAAAUAAAUGAGUGUUGAAACUUAUGCAA